UUUGCACUCGCAUUGUGUUGUUUGUCUCUGAAGCCGCCUCAUGACCACUAAAGGGAUUUCACCUCGUCCUUGAGAGACAGAGAGAAGGGGGAAGGGGGGGAAGGAGGGGAGAAGAGAAAGGAAGAGAUCACCAAACACCCAUCUCCCGGUCCCUCCCCGCACCUCUGCCUCUCCCCACCCCACCAGUGUCUCACUUAGCACCCCGCGCCCGGAGGAGACAUUGCAGUUAGCGGCCUUCCUCUUGCUGAUGACCGGGCUCCUGUUUGAUCCUGUUUACAAGCUUCCGAAGAUUGAAAAUAACCCCAACUUUCCUUCAUUGGUGUUGGAAUCAGAAGAAAAUAAAAAGAAGAGGAAUUGAGAAUUUAAUCUGGGAGACUUGGCAGCUAAUUCAGAGACAGCAGGUGUGUAAGCAGCCCCUUGGCAAGAGGACCAAGUGUAGUUUGUGACAGAAUUGAGUGGAGAUGAUCGCAGGAUCUUCUUUUGAGUUCACCGAGUGACCUGCAGUUUUAUUCCAGCACCUAACACAGGAUGUCUUCCAAGCGACCAGCCUCUCCGUAUGGGGAAGCAGAUGGAGAGGUAGCCAUGGUGACAAGCAGACAGAAAGUGGGAGAAGAGGAGAGUGACGGGCUCCCAGCCUUUCACCUUCCUUUGCAUGUGAGUUUUCCCAACAAGCCUCACUCUGAGGAAUUUCAGCCAGUUUCUCUGCUGACGCAAGAGAACUGUGGCCAUAGGACUCCCACUUCUCAGCACAACACAAUGGAAGUUGAUGGCAAUAAAGUGAUGUCUUCAUUUGCCCCGCACAACUCAUCUACCUCACCCUUGAAGGCAGAAGAAGGUGGGCGUCAGAGUGGAGAGUCAUUGUCCAGCACAGCCCUGGGAACCCCUGAAAGGCGCAAAGGGAGCCUAGCGGAUGUUGUAGACACCCUUAAGCAAAGAAAAAUGGAAGAGCUCAUCAAAAAUGAGCCAGAAGAAACACCCAGUAUUGAAAAGCUACUAUCAAAGGACUGGAAAGACAAGCUUCUUGCCAUGGGAUCAGGGAACUUUGGAGAAAUAAAAGGGACUCCAGAAAGCCUCGCUGAGAAAGAAAGGCAGCUCAUGGGUAUGAUCAAUCAGCUGACCAGUUUGCGAGAACAGCUGCUAGCAGCUCAUGAUGAACAGAAGAAACUGGCUGCAUCACAGAUUGAGAAACAACGCCAACAAAUGGAGCUGGCUAAGCAGCAGCAAGAACAGAUCGCAAGACAGCAGCAGCAGCUCCUGCAGCAGCAACACAAAAUUAACCUUCUUCAGCAACAGAUCCAGCAGGUCCAGGGUCAGCUGCCUCCAUUAAUGAUUCCCGUAUUCCCUCCAGACCAACGAACCCUAGCAGCAGCUGCACAGCAAGGAUUUCUUCUUCCUCCUGGUUUCAGCUACAAAGCGGGAUGCAGUGACCCUUACCCCGUUCAGCUGAUCCCAACUACCAUGGCAGCUGCUGCCGCAGCAACACCAGGCUUAGGCCCGCUCCAACUGCAGCAGUUGUAUGCUGCCCAACUUGCUGCAAUGCAAGUGUCUCCAGGAGGCAAGAUACCUGGCAUACCCCAGGGUAACCUUGGUGCUGCUGUAUCCCCUACCAGCAUCCACACAGACAAGAGCACAAACAGCCCUCCACCCAAAAGCAAGGAUGAAGUGGCCCAGCCUCUGAACCUUUCAGCCAAACCCAAGACAUCUGAUGGCAAGUCUCCCACAUCACCCACCUCUCCUCAUAUGCCAACUCUGAGAAUAAAUAGUGGGGCCAGUUCACUAAAGUCCUCCGUGCCAGCAACAUUAGCUAGUCCUUCAGCCAGAGCUAACACAAUAGAUAUCCUUUCUUCUAUCACGUCGUCAGGUUAUUUAAAUGACCAUGAUGCUGUUACGAAGGCAAUCCAGGAGGCCCGACAGAUGAAGGAGCAACUUCGGAGGGAACAACAGGUGCUGGACGGGAAGGUGGCUGUUGUAAAUAGCCUGGGUCUCAAUAACUGCAGGACAGAAAAGGACAAAACAACACUGGAGACCCUGACUCAGCAACUGGCAGUAAAACAGAGUGAAGACGGGAAGUUUAGCCAUGCAAUGAUGGAUUUCAACAUGAGUGGAGAUUCUGACGGAAGUGCAGGAGUUUCAGAGUCUAGAAUUUACCGGGAAUCAAGAGGGCGUGGUAGCAAUGAGCCCCAUAUCAAGCGCCCAAUGAAUGCAUUCAUGGUGUGGGCUAAAGAUGAACGGAGGAAGAUCCUUCAAGCCUUCCCUGACAUGCACAACUCCAAUAUCAGCAAGAUACUAGGAUCUCGCUGGAAAGCUAUGACAAACCUAGAGAAGCAGCCAUACUAUGAGGAGCAGGCCCGACUCAGCAAACAGCACCUGGAGAAAUACCCAGACUACAAAUACAAGCCAAGGCCGAAGCGCACCUGCCUUGUAGAUGGCAAAAAAUUGCGCAUUGGCGAGUACAAGGCUAUCAUGCGCAACAGACGCCAGGAGAUGAGGCAGUAUUUUAAUGUUGGGCAACAAGCACAGAUUCCCAUUGCCACUGCGGGUGUAGUUUACCCAGGAGCCAUUGCCAUGGCAGGAAUGCCUUCCCCACAUCUGCCCUCCGAGCACUCAAGUGUGUCCAGCAGCCCGGAGCCUGGGAUGCCCGUCAUCCAGAGCACUUACGGCAUCAAAGGUGAGGAGCCUCAUAUCAAGGAAGAGAUGCAGACCGAUGAUGUCAAUGGAGAAAUCUACGAUGAAUACGAUGAGGAAGAGGAUGACCCUGAUGCGGACUAUGGCAGUGACAGUGAAAAUCACAUUGCGGGGCAAGCCAACUGAUCAGGGUCCAAAUAUCUCUUGACCUACAGGACUUCAAGGAAAAAAGAAAAAAAUAAAUAAAGCCCCACCUGGUUUAUCUUUGCCAGUGGCCAAGCACAUUAACUUUCUCAUACACUGACUGUUACUUUAACUGUUAGUCUUAACUAGUUGGGACAUCAGCUGACUAAUAGACAUCAGCCUGCAUCAAAAGAAAAAAGGCUCAAAAGAAAGGAAACAAAGACAACGAUAACAACAACAGAAUGAUAUAAGCUAUGGGUAAAAUAAUGCCAGUAAUUCAGCUGCUAUACCCAAGCACUGAAGUCUUACCCGUCGACCUUUUAUUAUUAUUAUUUUUUUUUUUCAAAUAAACUUUAUGGCUGUUUGUUCUACAAUGUUCUAGAAAUUCUCACUCAGGUACACAGUGCCAACAAGUGGCUUGUGAAUGUGUUUUGUUGUUUUGUGCUACAGUUUAAAGAGAAAUAAUUUUUUCUUUUUCUUUUUUUUUUAGUUUCCUUUUUGGUUUUUUUUUUUUGGUAAUGCACCUGACAGGAAAGAAAAAAGAUAAAAUUCCUUUUGUCCCCUCUGUCUCCUCCUCCUCCUCCUCCCUGGCAAAUCUGGGUCAGAAGUGUGUGUGUGUGUGCAUGCGUGCCUGUGCGCGUGGCUGGCAAGGAAGGAAGUGGGGAGUCUGUUUCUGUUAACCCCAACAAGCAAUUAUUUCCUUUCAAGAGAGGACUUCUCUUCAUCAGUUGCACACCAUACUGAGUCUUUGAGCAAGUGCCAAAUUUGUACUAAAGCGCUGAACUAGUCCAAUUUGCUUUUUUUUUUUUCUUUUGGUUAGUCUCUUCUUUUUCUGUUUUUCUUUUGCUUUUCUUUUGCUUCCUGCUCUGUCUUAAGUUAGGACAGUGUUGUAUCUUAGACAAUCCCUUGAAGAACCUGAUAUACCAGCAGCUGGUGAGAUUAGACAUAUAUUUUUUGGGUUUGGUUUUGCUUUUUAAAGGAAACUGUAGGUGCCGUUCUCAGGUGAAAAAAAGAGAGAGAGAAAGACAUAAGAAAUCUAGAGAAAAAAUAUUUUAUGGUCUUGGAUUUUCAUGUGUGCGUGUUUAUGGUACUAAUAAGAAUAAUAUUGGACUAUUGUGAGCAAAAAAGCAUGUUCCAGAAUUAAGUCCCGCACCCUCCAAAUGACUUGGUCUGUAAGGAACCUUUGCUUUUAAUUUACACUUCAAGUGGCAGCAUCACAAAACGUGAUUUGUUCUGCACAGGACAGAGCAACUGGAAAUGUUACCUCCUCACUGAGUGUAAUUAGGUUACCAUGAUGUCUACUUUUGAUGAACUCAUCCUUUCAGGGUGGCUGAGUACUGAUCUCUGAUUCAGAACACGAUUUGUUUUAAACUGACUUUUUUUUUCUCCUUUGCACUUGCAGAAAUCCAUUUUUAUCAAUGGGAUGUUUGUGUAGGAAGGAAGACUAAUAGCUAUGAAGAGAUUUCUAUAGUCAAAGUGGGCAGUAAGAACCCAAACCAAGUUUCCCUUUCUGCUGCCUCUCGCAAGUGAAAAAUUUUUCUCCUGAGCUAAAUACUUUCUGUGUUGUUCUAGAGCACUUAGAUAUGUUCGUUGGGCAGUUUUGCCUUCCUUGGGAAACAGCAACCAGCAAGGAAGGUGAUUUUACACGAGCAUAAACCUGAGUAGAAGUUAGCUUCUUGCAUUUGCAGUAAGGUACCUGAAUGUUUCACUUCAGAAAAAAAAAAAAGAAUGUAAAUACAAGUGAAUCAAAAAGUCUCUUUUCAUCUCCUCACUCUUCCUGUAGGAGGAAAGGACCCAGAUUUGUGUAGCAAGACAGAAGCACUACAUUUAAACCAACCAACCAACUAAAAAGGCUAUCCCUAAUUUCAAACAGCAGCUAUCCAGGAGUUGCUUUCUGGCCUGGGAAAGAAAGUCUUAGGAUCAUACUGAGACAAAUGCCUUCCUCUUGAGUUGGUCUUCUGACUGAGUAUGCCACCCUUAUAUUUAUAUUGCUCCCUGGUAAAUUCCUAUUCUUAGAGAGAAACUCAUUGCUCUUGUUUUAACUUGAAAAAAUAGCCCUGGCAACAUUGAUUUUGGAAAUGGUCCCUUAUUCUGAAAAAUUUAGCUGUUGUUGCAAUCAGCCAUGUAAGGAGCCCAGGUGCAGAAUGAAAGGGGCAGGUAGGAGGAGAGACUGGGAAGGAGUAUGUGGGGGGGGGGGUCUUUCUUUUGCUCUUGAAAUCCUACUUGAAGUAUAACUUGACCUCUGCAGACCUUGUGGAAAGCAAACAAGCAAAUGCCAUUGAAGACUUAAGACAAUACUCCAAUGAGCGGUUUGGACGUGUGAUAGUUUUACCCUGAAACAUCUGUUUUGUUCUCCUCUUUUCCCUUUCUUGAUUUCUGCCUC